AUGGAUGGAUAUAGACUACAUGGAAGGCGGGGAAUCAAGGAACUUUUAGCAGCAUAUCUUGACCCAAACCUGCAGAGAGAAGAUAUUCCAACUGGUGGCUCCUUUGCUUCAGGUGGCUCCGGUUGUGCUCCUCUAACACCAACAGUCUUUCUAUUUUUCAGCAAGCAGCAAGAGGUCCUAUCCGAGCUUUAUCCGAAAUUUUCAGAUCUAUAUAGCCUCGGAACUACGAGAUUUGGCUUUUUCAGCGCCGUAGCGAUUGGUUGCACUCCAUUGGAAAGAAGUUCAACAGGGUUACUGGGAGAGUGUUUCAAGCUGCAAAACCAAAGAGCAGAGUUGUUCAAUUCUAUGCUGUCAACUGAACUAGAUUACAUCAACGCCAACUUUACAGAUGCCAAGCUAGUCUUUUUGGAUAUCUAG